AUGUCGUCGAUGACUUCAGAAAAGCCGCAAGGAACGCCAUCACAGCUGGGGUUUGACGGCGUUGAGAUCCACGGCGCCUACAGCUACAUCAUCGAUCAGUUUCUCAAGGACAACGCCAACGACCGCACCGACGAGUACGGUGGCAGCCGCGAGAACCGAUGUCGCUUUGCGCUAGAGGUGGUGGACGCAGUCGUCGGGGAGGUGGGCGGCCACCGCGUGGGCAUCCGUUUGUCUCCCUUCACCGACUACAUGGACUGCCAUGACUCGGACCCUCAGGCUCUCGCCCUCCACCUCGUCAACAAGCUCAAUGACUAUGGCAUCCUCUAUUGCCACAUGAUUGAGCCAAGGAUGGCGCACGUCGAUGGCCGACGCCAAGUCCCGCACCGCCUUCUGCCCUUUAGGGAGGCCUUCAAUGGCACCUUCAUCGCCAACGGAGGGUAUGACCGGGAGGAGGGGAACAAGGUGGUCGGUGAGGGAUACACUGACCUCGUCGCUUAUGGGCGGCCGUUCCUAGCAAACCCAGACCUACCAAGGAGGUUCGAGCUCAAUGCGCCGCUCAAUGACUAUGAUAGGAUGACAUUCUAUACCUCUGACCCUGUCAUGGGCUACACCGAUUAUCCAUUCCUCGACUAA